AUGCCCUCCCCAAUGGAUACCGAAGACAGCCCCGGGAUCCCCAGAUCCAGCAAACGGCGCCGCCUCAAUUUCGCAUGCAAUUACUGUCGGAGUCGUAAAACGCGCUGUGACGAACAACAGCCCUCUUGUCAGGCUUGUAUCCUUGCGGGAAUCGCUUGCGUCACAGAAGAUAGGCGCAGGCCGGGGAAGUUGAUCAAGAGACGAGAGGCGGGCAAGUCCACUGAUGGAGGGUCUGUUACGUCUGCGAGUCCGUCGGAGUAUGGAUUGCAGGCUGGUGCUGAUGGGGCGGUGGAGAGAAGGCAUUCUAUUGCUGAGCCGAGGACGAUUGCGGUGGUUACUGGGCCGAUUCGCGCGAGGUCGCAGAGUCCGAGACCGUCGCAGAGUAGAGAUUCUUCUCAUACAGACACGAUUAGCAACCCUUUGCCGAUCUGGCGACAAAGUGCUGGCACCACAUCUUUCCAGAUAUUGACGGAAUGGCUGGAUCUGGCUUGUUCCCGGCUGAGCAUCCCUUACCAUUUUGGCUCAUAUCCCCCCUCUACUCUAAACCCGCAAUCGGCAUCUCAGCCCCAGCACGGAAUACCAAUCACACCGGAGACAUGGGUACCCCAGACUUUGUUCGACGCGUAUGCGAGGGAGAUACACACGUUUUAUCCUGUUGUGAGGCUUGACCAAGCUCGUGCCGAUGUAGUACAAUCUCACCCUCCGCACCCAGGGAGCUUAACGUUGCACUCGGUUGACAUUGCAGCGCUGAGAAGUCAUCUACUCUUCGCUGCGGGAGGAUGCAUUCUUCAACAUGCCGAGCGAAAGGCUUACAUGACUGAAACACUGUCUUUAGCACGCAACGCACUUGGACAUCUCAUCGGCAACGUAUCAUACGACACCAUCGAAGUCCUCUUUCUUUUCUCAGUAUGUCUCCGCCUGAACGACGAAAUCAUCUCAGCUUGGACAACGCUCGGUAUCUGCCUUUCAAUCGCCCACUCCCUCGGCCUCAACAAGCCCGGAAAGAAUAGAAAGAAACCUCUAGAUCUCGAUGCCUGGAGUCCUGCGUGGUGGGCUCUGUAUAGCUAUGAGAAGCUUUUCUCGUUCCAGCUUGGCUACGUAUCCACGAUCUCGGAUGACGCGUUCGACACCCUGGACCUGGAUGUUCUUAAGUCUACUGUGCUUGAGCCGUCGCGUAUUUCGUUAUCGAUGGCGAAUGUAUUUAGCAAGAUGAGUCGUCGGUGCGCUACGGCAAGACAGCUUGAGGAAAGGGCUAGUAGACGGGCCAUUGAGGCGGUUGUUAAGGAGAAAGUUACUAGUACUGGAGAGGCCUUUUUGAUGUUGACGAACUGGGCUAAUAGUGUCCCUGCUGGUAUAAGACCUACGUCGGACUUUAUGCGCGUACCAGAAAACUUGGGCCUCGCGUCAUUUGCGUCUCUACACUACCAUAACGCCCUCAUCAUGCUGAACCGCAACUGCCUUCUGAUCAGCAAAAACGCUCUGCACAUGGCUGUAGAGAUCAUUGCCAAAGAUACACCAUGGGAGUACCAGAUCCGCAACGGUCAAUCGAUGGUUGCAAACUCAGCAAGAAAGAUAAUUCAUCUUCUCGCUGAUAACGACGAAUCGGCGUCGCAUCUAUUUGCACCUGCUUAUUUUCCGUUACUUCAUGCUAUCCUCAUUCUCGUGUCUCGAAAAUUGACCAAAGUUGAAGAAGACCGCUUGAACACCAUUCUAAAUGGCCUUCUUCGUGUUGUCCAAGAAGCUAUGAGACCCAUCUCAGCUCCAAAUGAUAGCGACCACAGAACUCCAGUGCUGAACUCGUCAACAAGCUUAUCCGAUCAAAAUGUGACACCUUUGACAGACCCGCAGGGAGGUAAUCAGACCUUUGCAGAAUCCUUAGGCCAGUCGGAUCCUGCAAUGCUCAGCCAUCCAAAUUUAUCAAUGGACGAGGGCAUCCUCGAUCCGUUCUCGGGUCAGCCAUUUAACAUGCCGAUACUCCCUGAUGAGAUUGGCUGUGACUGGGCGGACUUUGAGAACUUGUUGCAGAGGCUUGAGAGCGAAGGGUCCUUGUAUCCUGGAGAUGAAGGAAUGGUUAUUGAAAUCUAG